AUGCGUUUUCAGCUCACCACUGUCGCUGCUCUCGUAGCACUUUCCACCGCUCUUCCGACCCUCAAGGUCCGCCAAUCCGGCCCUGUCCUGGCCGACACAACCUACAAUGCCAUCUCUAUCUCCGGCGGAACAGCUGGCGAUGCUGAGGCCGAAGCCCUCGCUGUCUUCUCAGCGCUUGAUACCAACAACCCAGAGAGCAUUGAUCCAGCUGACCUCGACUUCCUUGGCGCAGUCAACGACGUAGCCAACGAUGCCGAAAAGGAAGGAUUCAACACUGCCAUUGCAGCCGCUACAGGCGCUGAGGCCGAUGCUCUGGCAGCUGGCAAGACGAAGAACAAGGUCCUCAAACUGAUGGCCACAAAGAUUCAGCUUGAGGCUCAGCAAGCCCAGGGCAAGGAUGUCGCUGCCAAGCUGGCGGAAGAGACAACGAAGCUGAAUAACAACAUCGCGACCGACAAGAAGAACGCAGGAAACCCAAGUACCGCAGUAUCCUUCGAUGCAACAGUCUCCGGUGGAGGCAAU